AUGCAGACCAAUUUGGACCACUACGACGCGCAAGUAAAAGACCUAUGUGCAAAAGCGCGUGAUCUCCUUGUAGAAGAGUCGAAUAUCCAGCGCAUCGACUCGCCUGUAACGAUUUGCGGUGAUAUACACGGGCAGUUUCACGAUCUGCUUGAGCUUUUUCGCGUGGGGGGAAUGUGCCCAGAGACAAACUACUUGUUUCUAGGCGACUUUGUCGAUCGUGGGAUGUAUUCCGUGGAAACGUUUCUUCUUCUGCUUACUUUGAAAGUGCGCUAUCCUGAUAGGAUUACGCUGAUUCGGGGCAAUCAUGAGUCACGGCAAAUUACGCAAGUAUACGGGUUCUACGACGAAUGUUUCCGCAAGUACGGGAAUGCGAACGUUUGGCGAUACUGUUGCGAUGUAUUUGACUACCUCUCUCUCAGUGCAGUUGUCGAUGGUCGCGUUUUUUGUGUGCACGGUGGCUUGAGUCCCAAUAUUUUGACGCUCGACCAGAUUCGCACGAUUGACCGUAAUCAGGAAGUACCGCACGACGGUGCCAUGUGCGAUUUGCUAUGGUCAGAUCCGGACGAUAUCCACGGAUGGGGCGUAUCUCCUCGCGGUGCAGGCUUCCUCUUUGGCGACGACGUUGUAAAAAACUUUGUGCACAACAAUGGCCUUGACUUUAUCGCCCGUGCGCAUCAGCUUAUAUUGGAAGGCUACAAGCAAAUGUUUGAUGCAGCCGUUGUUACCGUAUGGAGCGCACCGAACUAUUGCUAUCGCUGUGGCAACAUUGCAAGCAUCCUCCAACUGGACGACGCAUUGAAUCAGAAAUACGCUACUUUUGAAGCUGCUCCACACCCUGCACACAUGCCGUUCCAAGAAGCGAAACGUACGGUACAAGGAUCGCCGAUUGCGACCGCGAUUGCUGAUCUGACAACGGACAAAUAUGUGGAAAACUCGCAUGAAGGUAUCGAUGCAUUGAAUGCAUACAUCAAGGAAAGUCCGGACGGUGUGGAAGAAGCGAUUUUUGCGUUGAAUCGUGCGUUGGAUGAUCCGAACGUGUACAGGCAGCUGCGCGCGCUUUCUUGCCUCACACAGAUCCUCGAGCAACUCGUAAGAGGUGGCUGUCGCGCAUUUCAGCUUCGUUUCCCCGAAGACGACCUUGUCAAUCGCUUGAAAGAGAUUGCCAAAAGCCGCUCUUCUGACCCUGGCGUGUCGCUGAAGAUGAUGGAUAUUUUUCGCUCUUGGCGUAAGCAGUUUUUGCAUGAUCCGCAGAUGGUCUACGUGUGCAGUCUGUACGCACAAUGUGGUGGUGUCGAUCAAGUGCCCAAGGUUGCAACAAUUGGCCGUGGCGAGUACGUGCCCGACCUUCUUUCGCCAUCUUUCACAUCGCCGCUUGUGACCGUGGGUGACCACAUGUCUGCUCAAACUAGUGUGGAUGGUUCGAUCGGCGUUGCGCGGAAAGAGGCGGAUGCGCUCCUGCAAGCGAUGCUUGCGGCACAGGCAAGGUUUGAGGAUAUUCUCGAUGACGAGGCCGUGCACAAGCAUGUGAGUAACGUGCUGGAUGUGCAAAAGUCGAUUGUCAAGUUCAUUCACACCGUUUCGGAUGAGGAGUACCUCACGAUGCUCGUAGACGCUAACGACCGCAUUGUCGACGUUCUCCAGCGCCUGCAAAUGGGCGGGGCUGGUGCAGAGGUACCAAGUGGACCACUUGGUGUGCAACUCGCUGCGAAGGAGGCUGUUAUUACGCAAGCAGCGCGACGUCUUUCGCUGACAGACGUGGAUGCCAUCGCUAUGCCCGCUGGAAACUCGUCGCGCAACGCCGCACGGAGCGAGCUUUCGCGCAAGGUUGACACAUCGCUGGUGCUUCACUCUGGUUUUACUACUGCGGCGCCCUCGCGCAAUCCAGGCUUUGAGGACUACACUAUCAAAGAAACUGGUCGGGACGCGGUCGACUACGAAGUUGCUGCGCGGAACACGCGAGCCAUGGAAGGCACCUAUGUAGAGGAAGCUAUCGCGCCGGAUGCUGCGGCGCCGGAUGCUCCCGCGCCGGCUAUUCGUGGCGCUGCACCGCCUAUCCUCGGCACGAGUCUUUAUUCGUAG